GAUUUUUCAACCGCCAUUCCAGAAUUACAGACCAAUUUGCAAACGUCAACACAUGUUUCAAGAGUUUGUGUCUACAGACUAACUUGCCCAGCAUGGCCCAAUCGCCAAUGAAUGAACGAUGAUGGAUAUAGUCGUGACUGAUCACACAAAAUACGAGGAGCGGAUCACAGAAUGCAGCGCUACUGAGAAUCGUCUAUCAGGCGCAAGUCAUGACAAGUUCUCUGAAAUUAUCCCCAGUCAUCUUUAGAAGGAGCUCCCUCUGCAGGACGUUGCUUCGAAAGGGAACCUAUCAUAAUGUAAUUGUCAAAUACGAUCAGUCAAUGGCAUUCCCCGAUUAUCAAAGAUUUUCACGUUGUAGCACGAACAGUCAGUGGAAGACACCAAGCUCUCAAUGGACUCCAGACAUUUCUAGUCGAGGAUUUGCCAGAGUGCCGAGCCCCACAAAUCAGGAUAGUUCCUCGACUGCUGACAUUGUGUCGUUCCUCAAGAGACAAGGGGUGAAAUAUAUCGACGGUCACACCUGCUUCUCUAUGACUUGUCCUCGCUUCAAGAAUCUCAAAGCCGAUGCUGAUAGAUUGUUUGUGAACAAAACUACGGGUCAUUUUGUAUGCAGAAGUUGCAAGAAGUCAGGGAAGUGGUCUCAACUUCGUGACAACAUCGCCGUUAUAGUCAAAGAAAGAACAGAUAAGAAAAAGAGGCCACAGGCGUGCUUCAAGGAGUUAGAGCCCGAUUCAAUUCCUAGUAAAACCGCCGAGAAGAUCCAAGCUGUUCUCAGUGAUAGCAAAAGUUUUCAAGAAUGUGAUGAGGCAACACAAAGUGAAUUGAUGAGGAGAUUUAAUAUGGAGGGCCUCCUCCCCAGCUGUCUUGAUAAAUACCAAGUGCGAGUAUCAAGGGACUUGGGUUCUCUCAUCUUUCCCUUUCACAACUCGGAUGGAUCACAUCAGGGUCUUAAGCUGAUCAAGGUACAUGAGGAUGAGGGACCCAACAAGUUCAUUCAGCAUUUUGUACCCAGAAGCGAUCGCAUGUUUCUGUUUGGUUGGGCUACCGUUUCUACGAAACACAAGAUGGUGGUUGUAACGACGAGUGAAACGGACGCCAUUGCUGUGCAUCAGGCAACCAAGAUUCCCGCCGUAGCAUUAUCAAAGGGACAAUCGGCCUUACCACCAGAGGUUCUGCCAUUUCUUGAGCAGUUCGAUAAGAUAAUUUUGUGGUUUGGUAGCGAUGUGAGGAAUUGGGAUGCUGCUAAAAUGUUUGCCAAGAAACUUGGGGAGGAGAGAUGCCAUCUUGUCAGCCCUAGUGACGAUCAGCCAAAUGCAAUGGAGGCCCUUAGGAAAAAUCUCAAACUGUCCAAGAUAGCGUCUGAUGCUAAACCUGCCCCGCACAAGUCCAUAACCUCAUUCAAAGAACUCCGACAAGAAGUCUUCAACCAGUUUAGUCAUGCUGAACAAGCUGCAGGGGUAAAGUGGAAAAGAUACCCUCGCCUGAACCAGCUGUUGAAGGGUCACCGUCGUGGUGAGUUGACGGUGUUUACGGGACCAACCGGGUCGGGAAAGACGACAUUUAUCAGCGACUAUUCAUUGGAUCUUUGUUUACAAGGGGUUCACACUUUGUGGGGAAGUUUUGAAAUCAACAAUGUCAGGUUGUGUCGUAUGAUGCUACAACAGUUUGCAAGGAAGAAUGUGUACAAAAACCUAGAUAACUUUGAUGAGUAUGCUGACGGCUUUGAGGCCAUACCGAUGCAUUUCAUGACAUUCCAUGGCGAGGAAAACUUCAAGAAAGUACUUGAUACGAUGUCCCAUGCAGUAUACGUACAUGAUAUAGCCCAUGUGAUUGUUGAUAACCUGCAGUUUAUGAUGGGCGUAGAGCGCUUUGGGUCAUCCAUGGAUCGUUUCUUCCAACAAGAGGUCAUCAUUGGUGCAUUUAGAAGAUUUGCUACAAAUUUGAACUGCCACGUUACAUUGGUGAUACAUCCCAGAAAGGAAGAUGAUGAAAGUCUGCUGUCCAAGUCUUCCAUAUUUGGUACUGCCAAGGCGUCGCAGGAAGCGGACAAUAUCUUGAUUCUGCAAGACCAGACACGAUCCCUCACGGGGAAAAAAUUCAUCCAGGUAGUCAAGAACAGAUAUGAUGGCGAAUGUGGGUCGUUGAUUCUCAAAUUUGACAAGGAAUCUCUUGGAUUUGCUGGAUCUGAAUCAAAACCAAAGACUCGUAAAAAGGCCAACAAUGACGGUGAUGUUGAAGCAGACAAUACUGUGCCGGAGUUAUGAUGAAAAUCUACUGGUUAAAGGGUAACUUCGGUAAUUGCACAUUAUUGCAGUGCAGGAACCAUAUAUAUUUAACAAAAUUUGUAUUUCUGCUGUUCUAAAAUAAAAACCAAUUGCAAAAUUGCAAACUUUUGAUCAAACAUUGUGCAGAGACUGAAAAUCAACCAAAAAGAAUGAUUGCAUUGGUUACUGAAGUCAUCCUUUAACGUUUACGGUAACACUUUAGGAAAAAUGUGUUUAUGUAUUUUCAAAGAACCAUGAGACAAGGGUUCUAAAAAGGGGCUUACAAUCAAAAUGUCAUGUACAAAAUUGCUUAAUAUUUAUUACUGCAUGCAUCCAGUUUGUGUGCUGAUGAAUUUGAUGAUCUGAUCAAGUUGAUAUUAACGAUGCUGGCUUUUCAUUUUGGUGCUCUUACAAUACUAUGCAUUUAAGUUACGAUACUAUACAGAAGAACCUCACUAUUAUGAACACCCUUGGGACUGAGAAGUGCUGUUCUUAAUAGAGAGGUGUCCUGAUUAGUGAGGUCGAACUGACGGGAAACAACCACUUUGGGACCAAACUUAGUGGCCUUGAUAGAGAGGUUGUCCUUAAUAGAGAGGUGUCUGCUAAGAGAGGUUCGCACUGUGCUAUGAGGUCUCAGACUGACACAUGAUUCAUGAGCUGAUCUGUUCAAGCCAUUGCUGUAUCAUACAGUUACAGUGGAACCUCCCUUAGUGGACACCUCUCUGAUCAGGACACCCUCUCUAUUAAGGACACUAGUUUUGGUCCCAAAAAAUUGUUACCUUUCAAUUUGACCUCUGAUCAGGACACCUCUCUUCUUGUUGCUGGUUUCCCCAACUGACCAAAUGGCAAAAUAGGGUUUGUGUGGACAUUCCUAUUCAAAAGCAAUGAAGAAAGAUUGUACGAUCUUUCCUGCUUUCUGGGUCAGGAUGUUCAACCUGAGCUCUCAAAGUAUAACA